AUGAGUAUAGAUGGAUCGCUUAUUGAUAAGGAGUCCCUUCCACCCUACAUUACGUUUCGUAAAGGAGUAUCUAGCCAAGAGAUCAAUUUCUGCCAUGAAUUUAAGUCCUUCCAAGAAAAUAUGCUAUCCAUGCUGGAGACCUGGUUUACUAAGCAAGAUGACAAAUUUACCAAAUUGCUCAAUGAGUUUGCGAGUGUGAAGACAUCCAUUAAAUAUAUUAGCGAUAAAUACGACGAUCUAGAAAAACGUUCGCAUGAGGUUAAGAGCCGAGUAGAAAUAAUUGAAAAGAGCGUCCAAACAAAUGAACCACGUAUUGCUUACUUGGAGGCGAAACUUGACUACAUUGAACAGAGAGCGCGGAAUUGUAAUGCAGAAAUAAGUAAUCUUCCUGAAAAACGUGGAGAGAACCUUAUAUCUAUCAUUGAAAAUAUCGCAAAUGUAAUAAAACAACCUGUAUCUGCACGUGAUAUCAUCUCCAUCCAUCGUGUCCCCCAAAGUAACCCAAAUAGCUCACGGCCAAAGAAUUUAAUAGUCAAAUUUGCCAGCCACAUUACUAGAGACAACUUCAUCUCGGCAGUACGUUGA